AGUAUAAGUGCCAACGCUGAACAUUGAAAUUGACCGCUUCAGUGACAGGACAGAUGUUCCCUCUCUUUCUUAAUCUUAAGCAUUUCCCCAUUCAGUUUCGUGUUGAGAUGUAUACAUAUACCGCGUUUGUGAAUCUGUAAACAAUCAGUUUUUCUUAUUUUUCACUAAAAGUUCUUCAAACAGAAUUCUAUAUUAAAUCUUUUAUUAUUUUCAUUAGGCAAAAAGAUGUGCUUAACAGAAGAGGCAGAAAGUAAGGUUAUUUUAAAUAGAAAGCUAAUUAGUUGGCAGUGCUCGUAACCGUUAUUGAAUAACAGGGGAGUGUGCGUAAAAGACGCGAUUUAAACAUGAUAAAACGUGCCUGAUUAAAAAUAAAAAAAAUUCUCAAUAACUAAUCACGAUGGAAGACUUUAAUGAUGGAAUUGAUGGGCAUCAAGCCUCCCGACUACGGACAGCAAAUCCGGAGCAAUUCUUCACACUUGUCAAAAUGCAUUUAUCUUUUGAAUUGGAUCGCAAUACAGAAGAUAAUGAUUGCGUUAUGGAGAAAGCGAAAUUAAAGAAGUGGGGUCUGAUAAGCUUCUCAAAAAAACCCAAGUCAUCUCUAAAUCUACAUAAAGGACCCGAAGGUGUUCCAUUGACGCAAGAGGGAAUAAAACAAGUGAAGCGAUUGAUUAAUUAUUUAUCCCAGGAGGAAUGUAUUCUUCAAGAAGGAAUUUUUCGACGAACUGGGAAAUUGACAAGGCAGCAAGAUUUGAAGAAUGCUCUUUAUCAGAGUCUUCCGCUAGAUUUCGAAGAAGGUCGAUUCAGUGUUCAUGAUUGUGCAUCUGUUUUGAAAAUAUUUCUGGCCGAUCUCCCGGAACCACUUUUAACAGAUUCACAUUAUCCUGUUCACUGCCAAAUCGCAGAAUUAUGUAGUUCGGAAACGAGUGCAAAUGAUGCGAGACUUUUGAGGUCAUUGCAGCUUUUGUUGUUGCUCUUACCACCGAUAAAUAGAGUUUUACUGAAGCACUUGUUGAAUCUCUUAAAUAAGACGGCUUCUUUUGAAAACAGUAAUAAAAUGAAUUGUGAUACACUCGCUACGCUAUUUACACCACAUCUAAUGUGUCCAAGAAAAUUAACACCCGAAGCUUUACAUAUAAACUCGCAAAAUUUAUCGGUAAUUGUUGCCUUCAUGAUUAGAAAGGGUUUGGAGUUGUUCGAGAUUCCACCGAAAUUAGCAAUGGACGUGAGGGCUUAUUGGGUGGAUCAAGAGAGGAAACUUUUAAGUCCAAAAAAGUCUGACUUAAACGAAUCAAUGUCAGACACAACAGGAACUGCUCACACCGUUUUUAGUUUUGUUGAUCAUCAAUUAACAGCUCAAGCUACGGCCUCACAAGACACACAAGCGGCUUUAGCUCAACUCUACGCGUACAUUCAAUCAAUGCCCGAGUCUGCGAAGAAGAGAAAACUGGUUAAACAAUUUAAUAAGGAAAAUGGUCAAGGCACACCGCGGCACGUGAAAAAUGUUCGUACUAAAAGUUUAGGGGAUUCCAUAAAGAAGCAUAUUUUCCAAAAAAAGUUAUUGGGUCAUAAAAAACUUUUGGACAUGAAACUGGGAUGUAAUUUCAGCAGAUCGAGCAGCGAGGAAAAUAUGUUAUCUGUGCCGCUUGAUAAGCCACGUCUUCCUCCGAAAGGAACAUUAAGUAAAUCAGAAGACGAACUUAGUUCGGAUAGUUUUAAUAUGCUUGAAACGGACAAUUUACUGAAAAUAAAGCAUAUGAGUAGUAGCACUGGAAGUCUUCAUACGCCCACUUUGUCAAUGUUUAAAGCUGAGAAAGCUAGAUUAAUUAAUUUCCUAAGUAUUGACGAAGAGAAUUCUCAAAUUGAAACGAACUAUAAUGAAACGAAUCUCAGUGAAAUUGAAGAACAUCUCAAUUCACAUCGUAUAUCUUGCAAUGAAAAGACAAAUUCAACAAAAUCGAAUAAUUCAAAUCACGUGAGAUUGUCACGACAUUGCAGUGAACCACCGAAUAUGUAUUCAUCUCAAGCAAGUCUAGAUGAUUUGAGUGAAAAUGAAAAUUUUGUACGACAAAAUUCUGAUCCUGCAAUUGCCAUUUCGAAGAGAGGAACGAUGGAUGCUCUGUUCACACCUAAAAUAUCGAUUUCAAAUAUUGCACCAAAAUAUUUGACGUCUGAUAAGGAUUCAAGGAAAUCGGAGGGGACGAGUAGUGGAUCUGGAGUUAAAUAUGCCUCGCCUAUGAAGAGUAUAUUGAGAAAUAUGUUCACCGCUCACACUUCCACGCCAUCGAAUUUUUUGCAUCGAAAUCUUAAUUCCAAUGAGUAUAUAUUAACGCCAAUUACGGAUAACGAUAAAAGCAUGAGUCCCAUCACUCAAAGCGCUACCAAGAUGAGCAAGGCGAUGCAGGAAAAUAUAAUGACACCAAGAUCUCGGAAACCUGUGAUGAUGCUGUCAAGCACCAGUAUUUGCAAUUUCCCAGCAAUGCAAAAUGAUGCAGCACCAUCCAGUUCAUAUUUACGUAGUUUCAGUGGAGAUCUUAUACUCAGAAACGAAUGUGCUUCAAUAAUGGAAGAAUCUCCCACAUCUUCUGAUACGUAUAAUGACAAAAUUAUAGUUGACAAUAAGGAGAAUGUUCGCGAGGAUGUGAAAAACAGUCAAAAUUUAGUCUCAUCGUUAGCCGAUGAGCUGUCAAGUGCACAAAAAAGUUCAUCCAUCACGAGUACUUUUAGAGAAUAUCUUCUAUCGAGAAGCGUUCUUGAUGCAAGUCCCGUGGAUUUGAGUUUUACAUCACGAACCGGGGAUUUUGAACCUUCCGAAUCGGAUAUAAAUAUUCUCAAUGAAGAUACACUCUCCGAUAGUCUUCUUCAUUGUUUGGAUGGUAAUAAUCCCGGAUCGGAUACAUCAGGGAUAGCUUCCGGUAGUACCAACAGUGCUGAUAAUUCCUCGGAAAAAAUGGAUGAUGUACUUUCGCCAAGAAAACGCGGUACCAGUUUACAACGUAACGAUUCAAAACGCACAAUUAAGGACAAAGUGACCUUGAGUAAUUCUAAAAAUCAAACGUCAAUGCAUAAAGUCAAUGACUCAACUCUAGGCUCGCUAAGAAUGAAUGAAGUAGUAACUGAAACUGCUUUUUGAAAACGGAAGAGAAAUAAAUAAUAUACUUACGUGUAAGUAAAAGAUGAAAAAUUUAGAUCUGAGCUUAAACAAAAGAAUUUAUAUUGUUUAAGUUUAAAUUGUUAUUGUAUUUAAAAAUAAGAGACAAAUCAGGUGAAAGUUUGAUCGUUUCUUAUUGAAUUAUUUUUUUACUGUAGCAACGAGUAAAUGCUACACAAACGACGAAGAGUAUAAAAGUUAGAAUUAAUAUUUUUAUUCUUCGAUAUAAAGUAUAACGUGAACCCUAUUUACCUGAAGUCUGACUGUUGUCAAGAAGCACUGUAUUCUUGGAAAACUUCUUGAAGUAAUAAUAAACUUAUAUAUUCGGAA